AUGCAAAGUCGAUCUCAGCAAACUUUGGGAGCAAAUUUUGAAGUUUUGAGUGCAGGCGCCGAAAAAGCCCUAAGGGCUGGUUGUGAUGUCGACCUCUUGAACCAAGGCGCGUGCGUAGGAGAUGAUGUAUGCGUAGGAUGUGACUUGCCAGGAGCGAAUGCAGUCUUGCCACAACAAGACAAUCGCUUCCCGAACAACGAAUUGCGUUGCGAAGGCAACCGCACUUGCUCACAGAAUGUUUCGAGUGCCACAUUCAAGUUCGCUUCGCCUGGACAAGUCAUGGUCUGCAUCGGAGAUGUGACCUGCACAGAUGUUUGGAAGGUUUCAAAUGUGGGGGCGGCGUGCUGUUCAUCUGCAAAUGAUGGGGACACUUGUUCCAAUUCAUCCUUCAAUUUGACGGCAAACGACGCCCUUUGCCAAAAUGAUGUGUGCUGUGAUGGCACUCGGGUGUGCACAAAUUCUACUAUGGACGACGUUGAAAGCCUCCUUUGCCGAGGUCUUCUUGCCUGUUCCGACUCACAGGUGAUCUUGGAGCAAGACUUGUACUGCAACGCCACCUCAGAGUCCAAUCCAUCAUCUUCCGGGAGCACUUGUACCAAUAGCAGUUUCACUUUUGUGGCCAAUGACACGCAUGUGGUGGAUUGCCUGGGUGACUUCGUAUGCGAGGACUCCACCUUCAGCUUCAAUGAAAAUUCCGCGAUCUCUUUCGAAUGUGAUUCCGAGGCUGCAGGUACAGGAGGAGGACAGGGUGCGUGCAACGAGGCCACAAUCAACUUGGCACCUGGCACCCAGCUCGAGCACCACUACCACGGCUACGACGAAGACCAAGACGAUUUACCUCGCAACCGCCGCAAUCGCCGAAACAGGCUCCUGGGGGGCGACUGGACACACCUCUUUCCAUCGCCCAAAAGUGGUGAUCCCUUUGCAGUCUUCAAGACUUUUCAGGAGGAGCUGUCGAAGAUGGCCGAUGCCUGCGAUGCCUACAACGAUGCCUCCGCCAAUCGUCCCUUCCCGGAGUGCUUUCCGAUGUACGUGAACAAUCCUCGACUAUUGGAGUUGAGCGUCAGUCUCUAA